GUAUAUUGAUAAAGGUCCAAUAAGGAUGCACCUUUACAGAUACUGCGAUUUCAAAUUUUUUAAAAUUUAAAAAUAGAUCGAUAACUUUAAAACGAAAGCGCAAAAAUUAUGUGCGAUUUAUGUCUUUAAAAUCGUAAAUCGUGAGUGAAGUCGUUGUUGAAUACGAAAAUCUGUAGGCGAUCAGAGAGCGCGUUUACCUUUAUUCAUCUUUAACUGGGAUUAAUUUACAUGAACUGCUAACCAGACAGCGCAAACAUGCAGUGUUAAAUGUGUUGCUCUUGAUUUUACUACUACAUUGCAUAUUAGCUCGCUAUCGAGUUAUCUUAAACUUCACCAAGACGGCAGGAGAGGUGUUUUUACAGCCAGAUUGUAAUAAACCAUGCCGUUCAAGCGGGGUAAACACUGCACGGUCUCUAAACCUAAGGGUAAAGUGAAUGGUCUUGACAAGCAGGUCAAAAGAACCUCAUCCUCCCCUCAGGGUGGACCCAAGAAAAGAUCUGCUUUUACUGAUCUUACAAAUACCAACAAAUCCCAGAAUGGUGACCCAGCAAAGAAUGGCAAGCAGGGCAAAAGGGCACCAACAAGCAAAAUGGUUAAGACUACAGUCUGUCUUAAAGGGUCAAAAAGUGUCCCACAUGAGAAGCACUGCAGUGAGGCUGAAGGUCCAGUGGAGAAGGCUUUAUUAGCAGAUUCCAGCGAAGCACAUCCUGAGGAGCAGUCCCCGGUCCCGCAACGUCUGGAAUCUGAUGGUCAAGAGCAAAAGAUAGCAGAAGCUUUUGACAUUGAUAAAGAUCAGGCUGGUGACUACUUGAUGAGUCCGGAGUAUGCCAAAGAUAUUUUUGACUACCUCAAGCAUAGAGAGGAGAAAUUUGUUUUGACAGAUUACAUGCACACUCAGCCAGACCUGAACGAAGACAUGCGGGGCAUCCUCGUCGACUGGAUGGUGGAGGUCCAGGAGAACUUUGAGCUGAAUCAUGAGACACUGUAUCUGGCAGUGAAGCUCAUAGACCACUACCUCUCUGUCACUGUGGCAAUGAGGGAGUCCCUGCAGCUGAUUGGUUCCACAGCAAUGCUCAUUGCUGCCAAAUUUGAAGAGCAGUGCCCUCCCAGUCUUGAUGACUUCCUCUACAUUUGCGAUGAUGCCUACAAAAGGCAGGAAUUCAUUGCCAUGGAAAGAAACAUAUUACAAGGACUUAAGUUCGAUAUAAACAUCCCUGUUCCUUAUAGAUUUCUCAGGCGGUAUGCAAGGGUGGCUCGUGCGAGUAUGGAGACGCUAACGCUCGCGCGCUACGUGUGCGAGCUGAGCUUGCUGGAGCUGGAGCUGGUGGCGGAGAGGGCCUCGCGCCUGGCUUCCGCCUGUCUGCUCCUCGCUCUCGUCACCAAAGGCCUGGGAGGAUGGACAGGGGCACUUCAGCGCCACAGUGGCUACGCCUUGAGGGACCUGGCUUCUCUGGUGAGGAAACUCUACGCGAUGCUGGCCAGCCCGUCGGACGAGCAGCUCAAAGCUGUGGAAAACAAGUAUUCUCAUAAGGUCUUUUUUGAAGUGGCAAAAAUUCCCUUGGUCCAUAUUGAGACACUAGAGGAGGCUCUGUCUGAAGAAGAUAUUCAUCAGUAAAUCAGGAGAUUCCGUCCCAGAGGAUUAUAAAUGUUUUUUUGUUCCACUCAAAUGUUAUUUAUUAUAUUUUGUAUGUAUUUAAAUGUUUCGUAGUUUUGUACUAUAUUUAAAAAUUCAAAUAUUCAUUUUAUGUGUAGUUCAUAGUUGAUUAAAUAAUUAAGCAGAAAUUGACCGUAUGUUUAGGGUACAUCAAGAAAAUGUGGAUUUGAAUGUACAGUUUAACGAAAACGUAAUGUUAUCUUUUAAAAUGUUCUGUUGUAAUGUUUAAUCUUUGUUAGAGUUGUAUUUCUGUGUAGUUUUACGUUCUUUUAUAUACUUGUAUAUCAUUUUACACCUCUUUAUCAUGAUUCUGUUAUUAUAUAGGCAGUACUUUUUAAUGGCUUUCUUCUGAAAAAUAAAAAUG